AUGGCGGACGAGGACGGGGAAGGGAUUCACCCUUCAGCCCCUCAGCGGAACGGCGGCGGCGGAGGCGGUGGCGGGUCCGGGCUCCUGGGCGCCGGGAACGGCGGCGGGGGCGGCCCGCGGGUGGUGCGCAUCGUCAAGUCCGAGUCCGGCUAUGGCUUCAACGUCCGGGGCCAAGUGAGCGAGGGCGGGCAGCUGCGGAGCAUCAACGGGGAGCUGUACGCGCCGCUGCAGCAUGUGAGCGCCGUGCUGCCCGGGGGGGCGGCCGACCGCGCCGGGGUGCGCAAGGGGGACCGCAUCCUGGAGGUGAAUGGCGUGAAUGUGGAAGGGGCAACACACAAGCAGGUGGUGGAUCUGAUCCGAGCUGGUGAAAAGGAAUUGAUCUUGACAGUGUUAUCUGUACCUCCCCAUGAGGCAGAUAACCUUGAUCCCAGUGAUGAUUCAUUGGGACAGUCCUUUUACGACUAUACGGAAAAGCAAGCGGUGCCCAUAUCAGUCCCCACAUAUAAACAUGUGGAGCAGAAUGGCGAGAAGUUUGUGGUGUACAAUGUUUACAUGGCAGGAAGGCAGCUGUGCUCUAAGCGGUACCGGGAGUUUGCAAUCCUGCACCAGAACCUUAAACGAGAGUUUGCCAACUUUACUUUUCCUCGCCUGCCAGGGAAGUGGCCAUUCUCAUUAUCAGAACAGCAGUUGGAUGCCCGACGUCGUGGGUUGGAGGAGUACCUGGAGAAAGUGUGUUCGAUACGAGUCAUUGGUGAGAGUGACAUCAUGCAAGAGUUCCUCUCGGAGUCAGAUGAGAACUACAAUGGCGUGUCUGAUGUCGAACUGAGAGUGGCUUUGCCAGAUGCUACCACAGUGACGGUCCGAGUCAAAAAGAACAGCACCACGGACCAGGUGUAUCAGGCUAUUGCAGCAAAGGUUGGCAUGGACAGCACGACUGUGAAUUACUUUGCCUUGUUUGAGGUGAUUAAUCACUCCUUUGUACGUAAGCUGGCUCCCAACGAAUUCCCCCACAAGCUCUAUGUCCAGAACUACACAUCAGCUGUGCCAGGCACCUGCCUGACUGUCCGAAAAUGGCUCUUUACUACAGAAGAAGAGGCACUGCUGAAUGACAAUGACCUUGCAGUUACCUACUUCUUCCAUCAGGCUGUUGAUGAUGUGAAAAAAGGUUAUAUCAAAGCAGAGGAAAAAUCGUACCAGUUACAGAAGCUUUGUGAACAGAGGAAGAUGGUUAUGUACCUCAACAUGCUUAGGACCUGUGAGGGCUACAAUGAGAUUAUCUUCCCCCACUGUUCCUGUGACUCUAGGAGGAAGGGGCAUGUCAUCACAGCCAUCAGCAUCACGCACUUUAAGCUACACGCCUGCACAGAAGAGGGACAGCUUGAGAACCAGGUAAUAGCGUUUGAGUGGGAUGAGAUGCAGCGAUGGGACACAGAUGAAGAGGGCAUGGCUUUCUGUUUUGAAUACGCAAGAGGAGAGAAGAAGCCUCGAUGGGUUAAAAUCUUCACCCCAUAUUUCAAUUACAUGCAUGAGUGCUUCGAGAGGGUGUUCUGCGAACUCAAGUGGAGGAAAGAGAACACCUCUCCACUGCUAACACUGCUAACUCAGGUGGACUUGGAAUCAGACUUUGCAGAACUCAAGAAUGUGCUGAAAGCUUAAAGUUGCAGGAAGCGACUCCAGAUUUGAAGGCUUUCUCACAAGAUUAACUUUGUCAUUUGGGUUUUUAACCAAUUUAAGACGAGCCAAAAGCUUUGGAAAGAGAAAAUGUUGGUUUCUUCCUCCAAGUCGCUAGGAGGUUUUUGGCCAUAGUUAUGUUCAUGAUAGAAACCUGCCCUUCUCUGUCAUGGGGAGGGACAGACCCACUAGAGAAUCCACAAAUAGAAACGUUGCUGGCUUCAGAAUAGUGAGAGACACAUAGUUAAUGCCAUUUGGAUUUGUCUGCCCUCUUUGCACGGUGGUAAAAAGACCCAGCACUGGGGAGGAAGAGAUGAGGAAGCAAUGCCUUCCAGAUAACAUAGUCUUGCUUUUCUUUUUAAAUUUACCUCCCUAAAUCUCUAUGGUAUGCUACAGCUGCUGUGGGCCUUUCUUGACACUGUACAUUGUUACCCCUUUGUGCUUUGGCAGUCAGGGCAUAGGGCCCUAUGGAAAAAUGCCCCAAAGGCUGGAUGUUAUGGUAUGUGGGCAAUCCCUCUCUUGAAGCUGCCUCAUGAACAAAGAAAGCAUCCCAUUUGCAGUAGGGAUGAAGAGAGUUGGGGCUCCCCACCCCCAGUUAUACCUCAGGUUUCUGGUGGCAAAGGUCAGCAUGGCCCCAGGAACUUACAGGUUAGGAAAAUGAGCCCCUCUCUCCAUGAGCCAGUGUUGGUUAGAUCUGACAAGCUUCUCUUCCUCCUUUGCAGUUCCCUCUGCUCCUUUCCUUGCUGGGGCUGGCACAGUCCAAAUGUAUCCCCCAGUAGAGCCAGCAGGGUCUUACUGGCCCCACUUCCUCCCAUUUCUCCGAGGCAAGUGCAGAGAGCUUUGGAGACUGAGGAAGAGAAUGGCCCUGGGCAUACUCCUGCUUUCGAGGGAGGUGUCCUUUGGCCCCGUCUCCCAUUUCCCAAGGCCCAUCAUCUUCAGCUAGUCUCCAUGACUUUACACUUUGCCUAAGCUUUUGAUAAUUUUUGAAUGGUUCUGUGCUUUUCCUGGCUCCAUUCCUAAAUCCCCUCGAGAAUCCGCUCAGCUACGGUACAGAUCGGAGGGUGUUCAUGGUGACUUCUAGGCCUGGGCCGAGUUCUGAUGGAGGAAUCGGAAUCCAACUUCCACAGUCCCAACCCGGCCUGCUUAAAUAACUUUUGUGUUGACUGGGCCAGGUGAGUCCCCUACAGGCUUACCUUAGUUUCCCUUUUAGGCCCAACUCAGUCUCUAGAAUAGCAGGCUAGGGGUCCUCCAAGGGGCUUUUUCUGUCCUGUUCCUAAGUGCACCAGCUCAGGGGUCCAGCUCCUAGGCAGCACUUUUCCCCAGUCCUGGUCGGUUUAUAGAUCUCGGGGAACCUUCCUCACUCUUCUGCUAAGGAGACUGCCAUACCGUAAGGCUGGGCCAGGUUGAUUAUUGGCAUCUGAGGAGCCUAGAGCUGGAUCUCCGUAUGCUUCCUGGUAUUCCUUCCCAUACUCAGCGGCACUUUAGGAGGAAGAAGUGGUAGUGUGCCUAGAGGAAGAGCAAGUUUUUGCCGUUAGGGGUGGGUAUUGGGGAUACACUGACGUCCCCUUCCCCCCCCCCCACCUUCUCUCUCUUCACACCACUUUCCCCCAGAUCCAAGCAUGUUUUUUCCAGGCCUCAUUCAUACCAGGACAGCAUUGGGUUGCUUUCCAAGAUAAUAAUUUGGAAUGCAUGGACAGUCUAGGACUUUGGAGAAGGAACUUAAAAGAAGAGAGAGUGGAAGGUUUGGGCCAACUGCUAACAUGGAAACCAAUGUUGUAUCAUGUUCUCCCUUUUGAACUUAUGAUCUGGUCUCAGCUUUCCCCAGGCCAUGCACUCUUUUAAUUUAUUUGAGACAAACUUAAUUGUAUUUUCACUGCAGUAUCUUGUAUUUUUUAUUUGUGAUUUAAGAAAUGUGAAGAGAAAACACACAAUGGCUAACAGUGUUUCUUUCAUUCCUUGUUCUAGAGCUAACCACUCUAAAAUUGUUUGGUAAUGUCACUUAGUGUAAUUAAUUGUAACAUAUUCUUUUAAAUAAAUUGAUUUAUUGAUGAAA